AUGGACAGUCGCCAUUUACACUGCAGUGUAGAUAUGAUUUCCUACCCUGGUUUUGGCAUGGUGUUGCCCGAAGUCAAAAACCUUGACAGAACUUCACUUAUUGAAUUUGGAAAACCCAAUUUGCCGAUCCUGCAGGUCGAAACACAGUUAUAUAAGGAAGAACAAGUCAGUUGGAAUUUGACGAUGGACAGCCGCCAUUUGCACUGCAGUGUACAUAUGAUUUCCUACCCGGGUUUUGGCAUGGUGUUGCCCAAAGUCAAAAACCUUGACAGAACUUCACUUAUUGAAUUUGGAAAAACAAAUUUGCCGAUCCUGCAGGUCGACACACAGAUAUUCUUAUACUUAUGUUUAAUUGUACAGACUGAAGAAUACUGGGCCUGGGCAACGCCAAGUACAAUAUUUAGACAACUAAAUACUUUUUAA